AGAGAAGAUACAGAACUUAGAAAUAUUUAUUUCAAGAUGCAAAAAUUGAAAUUGUACAACUGUUCACUUGAAUUUUUAUAUAAAUUUUUUUCUAUGAAAUUGCAGAGGUUUAUUUUUUAUCAAGUGUACAGUUGUACAGUUUCAUUUUUUGCAUCUUGAAAACAUAUUCUGUUUUCUGUUUCCCUCUGUGUUGAGUUUGUUUAACUUUUCUGUGUGAAAGAUAAAUGAGCCUUUAAAUCUCCUUUGUAAAUGCUUUAUAAGGUAUAAAUUGUCCUCACUUUAGAUGAGCUCACAAAAAUAGAUGGCUGGCAACCACUAAAUGUUUUAUAACUACCUGACUUGAUCAUGAAUUACAACAGGAACAUGUGAUAAUAAAGCAUUUAUUAACACUGAGCAACUAUUAUCAUGUGUCUAAAUAAUAAUUUAUAAAUGUACAAUUAAAUAGUUUAUUAAUCAUUUACUUACACUUUCUAAACGAUCUUAUGAACCACUGGCAACUCUUAAAUAACUGGUUUGUAAAUAACGUAAUAAUUUAGAAAUGAUAAAUUGAUCAUUAAUAAAGUAUGAAAAUACAAUUAUUAAACAUAGAUAUGCUCAAGAACAAAACAUUUAUAGCAGUAUUUAUAAACUGCUUACUAAUGCCUAUUAAUGUUGGAACAAUGCUUUAUGAAGGAUGAAUUGCCUAUUUACUAAUGCUUAACUAAUGAUUCAUAGUGUGCAGUUAUUAUAUACGGUUACUAUCUGGAGUUACAGUAUUCUGCCUUUAUUUUACUGUCCAUUAAAGUCUGCUACAUUUAAAUUAUGGUGUAACCUGUGUACUUUCAUACAUAUGUCAUUGAAGCACUUCAUUAGACAAACGAAUUAGAUCACGAUCUAAGUGCUCCAUAUAAGAAAAACACAGAUUUUUCACUCAGUGCCAGUCUGGGGCUGCCCACUUCUAGUUUCAUGCAUGCAGACUCAAAUACCAUGAUAGCAUAGCAUGUAGUAUGUAUCACACAUAAAAUCAGUAGUAACAGUUUGCAAUUAAAUCCAUAUCCUUACCUUUUCGUGUAACCUGACAAAAUCCAUGGCAAUGAACGUCAUCGGAGAUGUUUAUUCCACAAGCAUUCUGAGCAUUAUUCCUACUUGCUGGCGUUCACAUGAAUCCACAAGUCAUUCUUUUAGGUUAGGCUAUUUUCAUUAAAGUCGAUGUAAAAGUAAUUAAGCUAUGUUUUUUUUACACUUUUACAUUAGUGAAUAUUGCAAAUAAAUUGGUUACAAAACAGCAUUCACUCACGUUUAACUUUCUCUCCGGUUGUUACAGUCAGAAAAACAAUUAAUACAGUUAUAUUACUAAAUGUUAUUGUUACGGGACUGACGAGACGUGAGACGUGUGGAUCCAUAUGCAAGCUUUUAAUGAGCAGAGACGUGGUCAUAACAGGCAGGGUCGAACAGUGGCAAACAGGUAUAACAUGGGCGAGACAAAGAGUAAACAAAGACAAGCGUGGGUCGACGAUCGGCGAACAGUAUCCAAAGGGGUUAGAAAAAAGAGGCAAUCCAAAACGUAAGCGAUAGUCCAGGCAGAGGAAAACACAAUCCGACAAAGGGGAGGCAAGGCAAGGCAAGACUAGGGAAACUAACAGGGGCUCUGUAGGGCAGUGAUAAUGCAUACAAAUACUCGGCAGAGAGGGAUAGAAAGUCCAAGGCUUAUAAAGAGUGUCUGAUUGGAUACAGCUGUGUGCGUGUGAUCAGGUGAGCGUGUGAUUAGUCUUAGAGUUUGUACUUGACUAACUGGAGCCCAGGUCAGGAAGCAGACAGACUGGCUAAACCGAUCGUCUGCUAGCCGCCUCACGUCACAGAAGUCAGUUAACUCUCAGCACAUAGAGACUCCUUCACCUAGAUAUCACUCUAUAGAGACUGUGUCUGUUCCCCGAACUAGAAAAUACAGAAAACAUCCAAACCAAAGUAAUAGUAACAAUUUAAUUGAUGUUCAACAAAUAAAAAAACAAUAUAAUACAGAUAAACACAUGAUAAAGCUUGGCUUGAAUAUUAGAUCCCUUUCUUCAAAAGCACUUUUUGUAAAUGAUAUGUUCACUGACCAUAAACUAGAUGUGCUUUGUCUGACAGAAACCUGGCUAAAACAAGAUGAUUACAUUACUUUAAACGAGUCUACACCCCAAGAUUACUGUUACAAACAUGAACCGCGUCCAAAAGGUAAAGGGGGAGGUGUUGCUACAAUUUAUAGCAAUAUUUUCAGUAUCUCUCAAAGGUCGGGUUUCAAGUAUAAUUCGUUCGAAGUAAUGGUGCUUCAUAUAACGUUAUCCAAAGAAACAAGUGUUAAUGAUAAAUCCCCUGUGAUGUUUGUAUUGGCUACUGUAUACAGGCCACCAGGGCACCAUACAGACUUUAUUAAAGAAUUUUCUGAUCUUCUAUCGGAGUUAGUACUGACUGCAGAUAAAGUCCUAAUCGUUGGUGAUUUUAAUAUCCAUGUUGAUAAUGAAAGAGAUUCGUUGGGAUCAGCAUUUAUAGACAUUCUAAACUCAAUUGGUGUUAAACAACACGUGUCAGGACCUACUCAUUGUCGAAAUCAUACUCUAGAUUUAAUACUGUCACAUGGAAUUGAUGUCAGUGGCGUUGAAAUUUUGCAGCAGAGCGAUGAUAUCUCAGAUCAUUAUCUAGUCUCCUGUAUAUUCCAUAUAGCUAAAGCUGUAAAGCCAACUCCUUGUUACAAAUAUGGUAGAACUAGUGCUGGGCGGUAUGACCAAAAAUGUAUAUCACGGUAUUUUUCAAAAUUAUACCGGUUUCACGGUAUAUGACGGUAUUUAUUUUUUUCAUGCAUGAUCGGGUGUUAACCACAUUUUCUACUGAUUGAGAGAGGAAAAACUGCAGUAGAUUGACUUAGAAUGCCCUAUUUUACUGUCAUGAUGAGCGAAUAUUGUAGAAAAAUUCCACACUAAAUAGUGACUAAACACGACCCAUUAAUACAUGUUAACCAGGAGUCAUUCUCAUUUAUAAUCGUGACAUCGUCUGAUAAAAUCAACAUGCAUCUAACGUUAUACUAAAGAGCAGCU